AUGGCCGCACGAAGCGCAGCGCUCAAGCUCGACUGGGCCAAGGUUACGACCUCCCUCGGCCUCCGCGGCCAGACGGUGACCUCCCUCCACGCGUUCAAGAAGCGAAACGAAGACGCCCGCCGCAAGCUCCAGGCCCUCCAGGAGCAGGCCACCGAGGUCGACUUCGCCCAGUACCGCGCCGUCCUCAAGAACCAGGCCGUUGUCGACGAGAUCGAGAAGCGAUUCAAGGCUUUCAAGCCCGCCACCUACGAUGUCACCAGGCAGAUCAAGGCCAUUGAGGCCUUUGAGGUCGAGGCUGUGAAGAAUGCCGAGGCUACUAAGGACAAGGUUACCAUGGAGCUCCAGGACCUCGAGAAGACGCUCAAGAACAUUGAGACCGCCAGGCCGUUCGAGGACCUCACUGUCGAUGAGGUUGCGGCUGCCGAGCCUUCCAUUGACCAGAAGACUGCUCAGCUCGUCUCCAAGGGUCGCUGGGUCGUUCCCGGAUACAAGGAGAGAUUCGGUGACCUCUCGGUUCUCUAA